UGCUGAUGGGUAUAGUAAGCCGUAGUAUCCAUCGGAGAGUCGAGCUAGAAAGAGCGAGAGAGCAGUAGUGUAAAAAGAAAAGUCGUAUUUUCGGACCGAUUACUCUUGGCUGGAUGGAAGUGACCACUGUCUGAUUUUCCUUCCAAUUUUGUGCUUUAUUAUUCGAAUGUUGUGCCGUCUGUUGUUCCAGUAGGAAAAGAGCAGUGCAGUGAAAAAUAUUUCUUCAACAGUCGGUAGAGGGGUUCGUGAUAGUGCAAACCAUAAGCCUGUUUGUGGCUAUCAUUUAGUCGCGGUACUGUGACGCAGAAAUCGCCCCAUUUUGAGGUCAAAAGUGCAGUCGACAGAAGUAAAACGGUCGAACAGUGGCAAAGUUGCUGUGGCAGGCACCAAUAGAAGAAGAAGAAGAAGAAAAGGUACAGGAGGAAACCAUCACGAAACAGACUGCAAAGAAGGCAAAGGAAAAAAAUCAGUAGGCGCUCUAUCGCCAGACGUGAAACUCCAUUUUUUCUGUGGUUAUCCUUCUCUUUCGCGCUGCAGCAAGCUGCCCGCAGAGAAGCAUUCUCUCGCAAGGCACGGUCGUCAGCAGGGAAAAAAAGAAACUACGGGUAGUACAACCACGACACAAAGUAGGCGAAGACGGCGACACAAGCAUUACGGAGUACUAGUAAGUUGCAGCGGCAUCACCAGUCGAGGCAAAAGUCGAUCGGAGUGAGAGAGAAAUUUUCCCAAUGUCGUGAAAUGGAGCAGAAGAAGUGUGCAAAAGUGACAGAAGUGGCAGCAGUGUCUUCCAAGUUCGAUUAAUUGAGCACAAUUGCGUUCCCCGAUCGGGGUACGAGAUUCAAUUUACAUUCGAGGACGGUGUCAUUUUUUUCUGAGAACGAUUGCAACCUAUUAGAUCGCAAGGCAGUCAAGAAAGAAAAUUGAUACGUACACGGUGGUGACUGAUCAAGCAGCAAACGUACAGAGCCGUGUGGGCUAUAGCUAUAUUGACACAGAGCCCAAAUGCACGUAUACACGCACACCGGACAGCAUUAGAAGAUCCGGGGAGUGAACCGGAGGGGACGCAGGCGGAACAAAAUGAAGCCAUAACACCUACGUUCACCAUCUGCUCGGGAAAAAGCUGUAAAAAGGCUAGUUCCGGCGGGAUAGCAGCGGCAGACGGACAUGCUAGGGUGAGCUUUGGCCCGAAUAAACCCUUUGACAGGUCCGGCUGGUCAGAAAAGUGACGAACGAAUCAAAAUAUUUACAUAACCCACGGUGUCAACGUCGAUCGAAAGCGCACAGCUAGCUGCUUUCCAGUUGUGUGUUGUUUUUCUGGCCGUUCGUGCUGUGUGAGUGUGUUUCUUGCUAUUAAAACACGACAAGAAAGUGCUUCGAAAGAUAAAACAUACGAGAAAACUAAUAAGAAACGAGGGAAUAAGAAAAAAAAUGCUAUUGGAUGUAAGAUAAUCGAGCUGAGAGUGACACACCGUUUUGUGGAGUUAUCGUAAAGUGGAUUUGUAGCUUUGGUGGUUGUCUUAGUGAGUGAAGUGUGAGGAAAAAAGUGAACAACCUGAAUCCGAGUGUUCUUUUCCUUUGCUCGAUAGUUUUUCUUCCAUCGGAUUAUCGGAAACUUUCGAUGUGGAUGAGCAGCCAGCGAGGCAAUUAUUUUCUUAGUUUUCAUUUGGUUUUACCCUUUUAUUUGUGCCUUAGUUCCUGCCGCAUGUUUCUGCUACAAUGCGAAAGCUAAGUGUCAACACGGGAGGAAUGUCACGACAAUCGAAAAUAGCACCUCAAGCGAAGAAGGUGAUGCCACCGGCUGUCCCGGACGUGUACGGAAGAACAACAGCGAUUGGUGGAGGAGGGAGUACACAGGCGGUAGCUUACGCAACAACCGGCAGUGCGGUCGACGAUAACGGGUUCAGCACCCAGCAGGAGACACCUUCUUCGCUGAUGAUACGCUACGAUCAUACGGAUUUUGCCGAUGAUCAAGGAAUUGAUCUCACCCAAUCGCCUGGUCGAGACAGCCCGAUCAGUUUGUCCGGAUCGGCUGGUUCCGGUUCGCGUCAUUCAACGGCCAGUUUAGACUCGGGACGAGCUUCUUCCUAUCUGACAGGAGCUUCAACAUCUUCCAAUCGCAGCGCUGGUGGAUAUGGGACACUAUCAUCUCCCCGCUGUUCCGUCAGUUCAUGCUCGAUUGGAAGCGGCAAUCGGUUGAGCAAUCACUCGAAUCGCAGCGAUCACGACAUCAUCUCGGAAUGGCUGAUGGAGAUCCACUUUCAUGAGUAUACUUAUUUGUUCUUGGAGGCCGGUUACGAUUUACCGACCAUAGCGAGAAUGACGCCAGAGGAUUUAACAGCGAUCGGCAUCAAACAGCCGACCCAUCGAGAAAGACUGAAGCGACACAUUGAUGCGCUAAAAUUACCUGAUGCUUUGCCUAACUAUGUUCCGGGGUCAAUCGAAGAAUGGCUACGGUUGCUCCGACUGGAAGAGUACGUCCAGCCACUGUUGGCCCAAUGUUACGAAACCGUUAACGAUGUAACCCAACUGACGUGGGAAGAUUUAGAGGAUAUAGGAAUAGUGAAGCUAGGUCAUCAGAAAAAGAUUUUGCUGGCGAUUAAGCGCGUGAAAGAUAUCAUCAGUGGAAAGCUUGGUGUUCCAUAUGUUGGUCCAGCGGCUAUUCCGAUGCUGCAACCGACCACGGCAGCAUUACACUGUCAGCCGAUGAGAGCACCGUUCGAUGAAUCGCUGGAACCGAAACAGCUGACUUACUCAACAUUCAUGAGGCAAACGUCAGCCGGAAAUGAACAGUACUACUGUCAGCAGCAUUUACAACAACAGCAGCAGCAACAGCAACCGAUUUCCUAUCCUCACGUCCACUUUGAUGGCAACCAAGCAAUCUAUCGUCGCAGCUCGUAUGACGAUAGCGACAUCACACCGACGAAUGAAAUAUCCUCGUUGAUGAGUAGCGAACAUCACGGGACUGUAACCCAUCAGCAAUACUUCCAAGGUGGUGGAACACUUCCUAGGCAGCAUCAGCGGAACAACUACGGUGUUCGGUUAACAUUGUGCCAGAACCCUCCCAGCACUACUCAACGACAACGACCAAUAGCAAAAAUUGUAGCAAAUAAUCUUAAACUGGCACCCGCCCUGGAUGGUGGUCCUGCCCCACCCUAUCCAAAUCCGAUGAUUGGUCACAUCGAAAAUGUCGAAAUGGCCACUGCCGCACUAGAUGCCAUGCACUUCUCAAACUAUUCUUCCUUCAAUCAUCAUCCGCUUAAAUACAAUCCCACGCCCGCUAGCCAACAGCCUCAGCCGAUCUAUCACAAUCAAAUUAUACUUCAACAGCAACAACAACAACAGCAGCAGCAGCAACAACAACAACAGCAACAAUUCUACUCUAAUUAUGCCGGCCAAACGCAUCAAACAACAGUCGAAAUCCACAAAACCCAGCACGACAACAAAAGCAACUCCAGCCUGGAAUCAAUCGAUCAGAUUCCGUUCGCUAACGAAAACGCCGGCACGAUCAAGCAGCGCUCGAUGAACCGUGCAGAGCACCACCCCCUGCACAUGCUGUCCCAUUCUUCGUCCUCAACAUCGUCCUCGUCGUCGACUGGUUCGAUCACGACGACCCUAGCCGGUUGCAUACAGCAGCUAUCACCGCCGCAGUCGGAAUCACAGCAGCCGGGAUCUCAACAGCAGCAGCAGCAACAGGCCAAUUGCUCAAUGGCCAUGUCCGGAUCGGCAUCGACGAACGUUUCACCGACGCAGGUUGCCGCCGCCGCCCAGAUCGGUGUAGUCGGAACAAACGUACUGAACGACAUCGGCAACAUGCUGGCCAAUCUGACCGAUGAGCUGGACGCGAUGCUGGAGGAGGAGAAUCGCGUCGGGAUCAGCGAUGGGGACUAAACAAAAAAUUACGGCGACGCUGAAGAAAUUCAAAGAGGAAACGGUCAACCCAAAUGACCCAAGCUGGAAACGGAAACCGUUGGCAAAGAUUAUAAACCGACGGAAAACACAAAAAAUAGUCCCAUAAAAGCAAGAACUCUGGUAAAACCCAUUUUUAUACUAGCCGAUAAUGAUUCAAGCCGCAAAGAGGAUUACGCUGGAAGCGGAAGCAGCAGCCCGGUAGCAUCCAUCAUCAAUAGGCUGAUUUAACAAAAUUCCGUUCUUUUUUUUUGUUCUUACCCUCCACGCUCGUAUAUUAUAGUUUAAAACUGAACACAAAUCUACUUAAAAGUGUUCCCAUCUAGCUAUUCCCUCUGCUGCCACAACUUCCACAAUGCAACCAUGUCAGAUCUCCGAACCCACGAAGGCACGUCUAGAGUCGUGUGUUUAUUUCGCUCAUCCGGGAAAGGAGGCAAUAAUUGAGUUAUAGAUUGAACGAUUGGAUCUAUUGCCCAGACGAAAAAUCCAAUCUUCAUCCAGAAUUAAACCAUGCACCAUAGGCGCAUAUACCUACCGGCUCUGAUUGGCUGGCUGACUGAAAAUUUAGAGGAAGUAGUGGCGGUUGCGGUGCGGCAGCAACACAGCAAAUUUGGUUAGAUAUUGGGUUCGAGAAACUAUAACUAAGUUUGAAGCUCACGGAUGGAUAGAAACAACCAGCAGGAAGCAUGAUAAUCGAUCGUAAAAUUAGCAAACGGAAAGAUUUCAGAACGGGGGCCAAUCCACACCAGCUGUCAAGUGUUUGCUGCCACCUGCUUGCUUGAUGGUGGCAUCAUUCAGUGUGUUUACCUUUUCCCGCGUUGGAAAAUAAAUUAUAGAUUAUUAUUGCCACUACCAGGUCACUUCGAUGCCGUUUCGUAGCAAAUGUGCAAACACUCCGUCAAUACAAUUUAGCAGGCAGUCGGCGUGGCGUGCGCGCGUGUUUACACAAAUCACGCAUUACCAUUUUAAACGAACCGCGCGCCUCCACCGCAGCUACUAUAUAGCCAUACCACCCGCGAGAUGGCAAAUGUCAUUCACUGUGUUGUCUCUAUUUUUUUUUUUUUGGCUGCCGUCAAAUAGGAGAGUGCUCAACAGCUUGGUUUGCCAAAAAAGAAUCCAGUCCACACAAACACUGAACAACGGACCAAUUUAUGGGUGUCAUAAAUAAUAAACAGGCCGCGUGAGUGGAGCAUCGCGUUUUUUUUUACUUAGUUCUUAAACACUAUAAUCGCGUGACCUCAUCGGUGCUGAUGGGCUGAAGUAGCGAAAGAUAGGCAAACAAGAAAAAUUACGCCCCCCGGUAGUAUUCGUUUUUUACUCGUUUCUCAACUUCGGGUGGCGCUAGCAGAAUAAGAAGUGACACUCGCGUUGAUGGCCUGCUGCGGUGGAUAAUGAUGCGGUAUCAUGCUUGCUGCUGGAAACCAUAGCUAUUGUUUUCUGCCAGCGAAAUACACAAAACGAAAUAAGUGUGAUCUAUUUAUUUACUUAAAACUAGUUUUUGUAUUGCAUUUUUUUACAUGAGGUACAGCCGCAGUCCUAUAGUUUUAAGCAUUUCCAAUCGAAAUCGAAUCACAAGGCAAAACCGAUGCAAAUUUUCCAAAUAGUAUAACGAAAGGAAAGAACAUACCUUCAGAGCAGCAGUAAUUAUUAUUCGACCAGACAUUCCUAGUACUUUUUGCAGGCAGAGAAUAUUUCCAUGUUUAUAGUGCAAGCAGCAUAGAAAAGCAACUUUUUUGUACACUGAAGAAGAAAAAUAAGAAACAGCAACAAAAAACAACAACAAAACGAAUCGCCCAUAAACACCAGUUUAGUACCAGAUUUAUGAACCGAAGCAUUUCCAAUAACUAACUAAUAUUAAUAGAACACGUGAACAAAAAAGCGCAUACAUAUAUUUUUAGAAGUUUUCCCAACUCGCUCCAGCGCGUAGCAACAUUUUGUAGCCUUUUGCGUUCGUUUAUUUACAAACAAAUUCAUCAUUCGGCGGAAGAAGCGAGAACACGUGUGCGUAGCAAAACGAAACGAACUCGAAGAAGGGACGAAAAGCCAUAGAAAGAUUUCCCUAUACACAAUUAGGAACGAGCAGCAGCAGCAGGCGUCGGCUCUAAUAGUGUGCUCUAUAGGUAUAGAAAGGCGAUGAGCUAAAUGGUCCGCGAUCCAAGUAAGCCACGCACUGUGCUCGCGAUGCGAUGUGGUUGCGUUGGAUACGACGGAGGUGAAACAGGAAGAACAAAUCGCUUCACGGAACGAGUUUCGUUCGGUUGUGAAGUAAGAUGGUGUGGGUGGAUGGAGGAGGGGAAGGAAAACCGAUUUUUCAAAGUGCAACCAUAUGUGCGGUGCAGAGCCAGUCGCCAAGCAGCCGGUGCGUGCGCGCCCGAUGAUUAACGGCGGGUGAGAGGAUUUAGAAAUCAAAAACAAAAAAAAGACAGAACACUGACAGGGGGUCGAAGAAUCGCCCACAAAUAGCGAUGCAGGUCGGUCGCGCGUUUGGGUGCAAGAUAUUUUUAAUGUAGGUACGGUUUGAUGUUUCCUUCAUUUUUGUUUUAUUUUUAUGACCACAUGUGCGUGUGUGUCGGGAAAGCAUAAUCGAACGAGCUGAUGAAAGGUUCGGAUGCUAUAAAAUGUUUAACUCACCGUGGCGGGUUUUGGUGACGAUAGGGACGGGGUCGAAUAGAGAUAGGAUUGGUCAGCUUGGUUUAGUCGGGGGAAAGUAUUUCUGUUAUUCUGUCGAAAUACUAGAUAAUCGCAGCAGGCAAUGGCUUGUGGAAUGAUUUAAUCGUAGAAGCAUUAGCAGAUGCGAGAACGCGUUCGUUUUGACAGAUGCAAUUCUACGGUUGCGUACAAAAUGGAUAUGAACUUUUGGGAGAUGAGUGUUCUAUUGAAUCAGGCAGAGGCUGGCCACUUUUUAAUUUUGACUUGCUGGAUUUUUAUGUGUAUUGCAAAAGCACACUAGAAAUGGAGUGGCCACUCAACGGCGAUUUAUGGUGGUGGAUUUUAUGCUUGACGAGUAAGUCGAACUCUAUAGUUUCUUCUGUCUAACUCGAAAUUAGUUCUUUUGUUAGAAACAAUCUAUAACUUUCUAUUUUUAUUUGCCAACAACUCGGUGUAGCUAGAAUAAGGCCUUAAUAUUUGUUAUUUCAUGAGCAGUCAUUUUGAAUUAUACUGCAGAAAUAUUUCAUUUUUUUUUUGCAAAAUAUGAAUAAAAACUGACUUAUUUUUUUCUUCAGGAGGCGUAGCCAAAGAAAUAUGUUGGGAGUCAGAAUAAUUGUAUGAAGUGAUUCGGCCUUAUUCUACGCAGCGUGUGAUGUGAGACGACCAAUCUCAUCGCACUCUACGUGACAUUUCUCACCCGCUUCGGAAGACUCACUCCGGGUGACGUGAGCCCCAUUUAAUGGAAAAUCUCACCUCACCCAACUCGAGUCUUAGAAUUUGGCGAGAAGUCACGUAGAGUGAGAUGAGAUUAGUCGUCUCACGUCACACGUAGCGCAGAAUAGCGUUGAUUGUGAAACCCCAGAAAAUUUAGCAUUUCGUCGAAUUGGAAACAAAAAUAAACAUAAAAGCGUUUUUUGCUCGUACUCAUGCAUAUCUAAUUCGAUACACGAUCUGGUGGCUCUGGACAGAACAGUUAAGAUGUGGAUUUCAGCAAAGAUUUCCAAUAUUCAGGUAACUGAAGAUUCGGAUGAAAGGGUCUUUUUAUCUUAAUCGGUAUCGAUGUAGCUAAAAAUACCAUUCAAAGCAGCUUAAUUUUAAAUGAUUGUAUGAAUAUUGAAGUUAAAAAUUGCGCGACAAAUUGUUUAGCAUCUUUUGGUUGGAGUUUUAUUCAGCUCUGGAAUAUAAUGCUAAACAGACGAAAACCAGCCAACCUAACCUCGGUUUAAGCUCCCAGGUUUUUCCGAAGAGCUUACUGCACGCUCAAAGUGCUGGUGUUACCUUAUUUAUUCACAGUCAGGCCCGUAGCGUGCGGUUGGCUAGAUUGACAUGUUUAAUACGCAGUUGUUAGCAGCAUCAUUCGCCUAACCGCUCAAUCAUUUUCCAUUCGUUUUCAAUUUGAUAGCCCCCUGUGAAUAUCUCUUCACUGACUAGAUUUUUGAAUACCCUGAGCAUACUUCUUGAAAAUGCUAAACAUGAUGGCUUUGGUUGGUGAAUGAAGAAGUAUCAAUUUAGAAAUGAAAGCGUUCGAUUUUAUGAAAGUCCCGCCAACUUGAAAGUGAAUUAUUGAGGGAGCUGUAGCAAAGAUUAAUUAAAUUCGAGACCCCUUACCGUACCGCGAGAAGUGAAGUCUCCUCGACUCGUCGGGGGACGUCCACGAUAUCACAAAGUUGCCGAUGCCCAACUUAGGCCGAAUCAGUCCUACAUUAAAGCAAAUCUCUGGUUAAAAUGUCAGAGAUGAGAUUUUUGGUGUUCUUGGAAGCGCUGCCAAUUCCUUGUUUGAUCUCAUAUUUUUAAGAUCAGGAGCUGUUCGCUUCGGCUCUUUGUUUGACACAAUGCCACCAGCUUAAGCUUUUGCAAGGAAUCUCAUUAAAGUUACACAAUUUCUGAGAGCGGACGUAUAAUGAUUUCUUUUUGCAAAAGAGUGCCAAGAGUAUGGUCUAGGAUUGUGGUACCGGUAAUACCGGUACCGAAAAUCCCGGGAAUACCGACCCAUUUUUGGUACCGUAAUACCGGUACUGAACAAAAGCCAGUACCGGUAUUUUCGGUACUAUACAAUUUUUUAUGACAAAUAUGUUAACUAUGCAGGGGGAUCUGUUUCAAAAUAUCGGUCUGCAAGAUAGCGUUUAUUUAUAUUAAUUUUCCUUCUAGAUACAUCGUUGAGAUAACACCUUUGUGUGGGAAUGAGGUGGGGCCAUCAUCAUAAUAAUUCUAGAAGUUAAAGUUUUAUUAGUGACAUUCUGAUUGGUUUCCAUUAUUCACUGGGUGGCGCGUAACAAGACUAUGGUCUAAGUCAUGUCUGUAUUUGGUUUACUUUUAAACCUUUAUCUAUAAAAGAACGAACAGCGAUUUAGUAGCUAACAGUUUUAGACUUGGUGAACUGCUUCAAAUGGGGCGAUUUGUAAUUAUUAGUGAUCGGAAAAUUCUGCAAAACUCCAUAGUUUACAGGAAAGCAAGGAACCUUGAUAUGCAUUAGAGAAUAGUAGGCAACCGACAUAAAGGUCGAAACCAAUUUUCAGAAAAGCAAGAAAGGAAAUGCGAUUAACCUGCUCGGAUUUACUUCCAUUUUCGCUUUGAUUUACUGUUGUUAAUAGGGUUUCAUACAUUAACCAUCUGUUCUAGUCGAAGAAAGUCGCACCACUUAACAGUUAUUGAUUUCAAGGUGGCCUAGAUUUCGAAAUAAAAGAAGGUGCCCUAUACGAAAAAUAUCUUCUGUGAAAUGAGUCUUGCCAUUCUGAAGCAAUUUAAAAACAAUAAACGUGCUUUUUAAUCAGCACAAAUCAAUCAUCUGUGAAUAAGAUCAUCAGUUUGAGCAUUCAAUUUCAGUUUGAAGCUUUUUUUGAAUUUUUUAAAAAAUAUUCGAGUACCGGUACUUUACCGGUACUGAGAGCUUCAGUACCGUAGUACCGGUUCUCGCCAAAAAGGGUCGGUACUGUGAACCCUACUGUGUACAUUCCCCACCUAGGCACACCUUUCAGAACAUUUACUUGCAUCAAAAUCGCAACACAAUCCCGCCAAAGCUUAUCCGACACUUCAUUUGUCCCGUUCACCAUUUGUUUGGUAAGGAGCACAUCAUUUUGUCCCGUCCAAUGCAAUUUCCAUUUAAAAUUUCAUUGGAACAAAGGGGUACUUGAAACAGCCAACUCCGUGCUUCAGUAGACCUACGCAUGGCAAACUCGAAUCGGUGACUACGCUGUCGAUCGCAACCUUAUAAGCAGGUAUGUAGACGCGGUAGUCCUUUAUAAAAGGUUUAUCGCCAGUAACGUAAUCUGCUUGCUCCGACCGAGUUCAGUAUGUAUGAUUCUAAACGGGAAUUCAAAGUUUUUGAUGACGAAUCUUGUUCAGCAUCCAUCUUACCGUACGCUGGGUUUUUUCAAGGGUAUUCAUGUGCGGGUAACCCAGCUCAACGAGAUAAUUUAAAGAACGUGAUGGGCGAGGCGAAAUUUACAAAUGAUUGUAAAGCAUCUAACUAUCUUCAAUCGAUGUAUGACUGAAUGCUAUCAAUUUCUUUCAACGUAUGUAUAAAAACCUUUGACAGCAAUAGAUCACAAAAGCAUCUUUGCUUCAUUCACGUGUGCAAAAAGGUCAUAACCGUAAUAUCGUGACGACACUUAGGCUUGUAAUUUAAAUAUAAUUAUAUGCACCGUCCACCAACCAGAUCACAGCUCCCAAAAAUUGUCUCAGUGCAUUGGUCUUCACAUACAGUAGGGUGGCAAUAUUUAUGGCUAUCUUGAAUUUUCAAACUGGACACACCUCAAAAUUUUUUAGCGCCUCGACGGAAGGUGCUCUAUGGAAAACUUGAGCUUAAUCGGACAUGACUAAGGGUCGUGCAAAACGAUCAAAGUUCAAAAUUGUUCACUCGUAAAAAAAAACACCAACUCUUUGAAAUGUUAAAAAUUGAGUUCGUAUUUUUGAUGCCAAAUGAAAAAUUGUUCACGGCAUUCUAAAACAUCUCACAUCAAAAAUGCGAAAUUGAUUUUUGAAAAUUCAUAGUGGCCCUGAUGCUUUGUUUUGCGGAAGCUCCAGAAGGCCACGCUACAUCCCUGUUCACAGUGUCGCAGUGUUACAAAUAUUCGAAUUAAUUAAAUAAAAAUUAGGCAUAUUCAGACGUAUUCCUCUUCACUAUUCAGUGACUUUUGUUAUCGAAAACGUCAAACGAACCAACUAACUUUCAUUCGAUGCAAGCUUUCAUUCGUCUUCGAUUACACGAAGCGACCGCAUCAAAGUAGGCAUCGGCGUAAAGUAAGCGAUGAUAAUCAUUGUUUAUUAUUGUUUAUCAACAUUUGAAAAUAUUUUUCUAGACAUUUGGUGAAAUGAAUAUUGUUGUGCUAUAUUCAGUGAACUUGACAGAUUUGUGAAAGAAUAUUUUGUCUAUUCUUCACGAGUUGCAUCAAGUUCAUUCUCAACCGUCAAAAAAGAGCCUCGAUUAUUCACUACCCUAAAGUUGUCUAGGUUACGCUGUUUUCCUAUUUGAAGCACCUGGUCAUUGUGAAGUUCAGGGCUAAUUGCAUCCGAUCGCUUACUACAGAUUCGUGUUUCCCUCUCACAAUUAGGAUACUGUUGAUAUACAUAUCCAAAAAUCUCGAAACCCAUUGCAGCCAGGUUAUUUGGAAGAUCGUUCAUUACUAAGGUACAGAGCAGAGGUAGUAAUACACCACUCUGGGGACGGUCUCUGUUGGCUAAUCUAGUUGCUUUCGCAUCGCCCAAUGUGGCUGUAAACUCUCGACUUUCAAGCAGUGCAAGAAUCCAGUACCUGGGUCAGGUUUUCCACUCCCCGUUCUUCCCAUGGCCUUUCGAAUCGAUAUUUAGAACGUGUUGACAAGUGCAGCCUCGACGUCAAAUAGCCGUUUCUUUCUAAUCAAGAGAUUUGCCCUUUUGGUAAGAAAACUGGUUUGAGCGAAACGUUGGAUAAGUGUUCCGUUUGAAUAUAGUAAUCCAAUAGUUCUGAUGGAACUAGUAUCGAAUAGGCCUUAGGUAGUAGCAAGUUUUUUUGUCUGUCUUUGGGAGAUAUCUCCGGUAGAAUUAUAUCUACUGAUUACUGAAGAAAUAUUCGAAGAAUAGUAUCAGGACCUGACGAUGUGUAGGGUUCGUAGGCGUUGAUAGUCCAUUUAUUAAGAGAUGGCGUGAAAAUCUGACAGGUCAGCUCUUGCGAUGUCUCAAAAGUCUUGUUAGGACGAACCUAUCAAAAUUUCGUCUCUCGCAAUUGACCCAGAAAAGUGGGUGUUUGUUCGAACAUCUAUUUUCCCCAUUGUCAGUUGUGAAAGAGCCAUCUGUUCCACUUGCCCGAGGCCGUUUCUGCGAUUCUUUGAUUUCUGGAGGCGAACUGCCUCUGGGAAGUUUCCAAUGUUUUCGCAGAGCUCGCGAAUCGAUAGUUUAGUUACCUUCUUCAACCUUGAGUUGUAUUUGGCAAGAGCGAUCCUGUGAUCUGAUAAUUGAACAAGUGCCUAGCUUCCUUCCUAAGUUUUGCCAGACUUGCGUUCCACAGCGGAAGUUCGCGAUGGACAUUCCUCUUCAUUCGAUGGCAGCUGUCCCGGUAAGCGGAUUUGAUUCUCGUCGCUGUAGGUCGUUUGGCGCAUUGUCCAGACCAUCUGGAGAUUGAAUCUUUCCCGCUCGAUUGACUGUUCCAGGUGUGAGUGGAAAGCAUACUACUUUUUUCCCUGUUUCAGUACUGUGGAUUUUUUUGUUUCAAUGUGUCUAUGAUCUGACAGACUAGGUUCGUCAGAAACGUGUCCUCCAUUAUUCCAGUUAUUUGAGCACUACAUGCCGUAAGGUCCAGUACUUCGCACAUAAUUGUGUUAAUAAAUGUAGGUCCAUUUCGCUGGUUGCAUUUUUUUUUGUUAGGGGAAACUUUGCCACUGCGACCACUAUUCAGGUUGUCUUUUGUGACUGUUCCUGUUUGCUCUACAUGUUACAAACUACCCGAAUCCAAUGUAGAUGGAGGCGAGUUAUUUGUUUGUCCACAUGUGUCGUCCCAACCGGGUAGUACAUUGUUAGUGUAGCUAAGGAUCCGUUUGGGACAGGUAUGCCAUACUUCGUGAGGCGUCAUAAGAUGCCUUCCGAAGCAUCGCUCCCUUCGAAGAAAUAGUACUGCACACUGGCAGAGAAUAUGUUCCGAGCUCUCGGGCUCGUAGUUACGGAAUCGACAAAUGUUACCUUGACUUUUGCCAAUUUUUUUCAGAUGAUACUUAGCAGGACAAUGUCCUGUAAAUUUUUGCGGUUUAGAUCCAUUAGUUUUUAGACUCUCGUUGUAUCUGCAUGUAUGAAUUUCUUAGCUUGUCGAGCGCCUUCAACGUUACGCCAGUCGUUUAGUAGUUGGUCUCUUGCCCAAGCCUAGUUCAAUGGCACAGGUAGAUAUACCUAGAAAUGGUUCUGGUCCAACAAACAUGUUUGAUGAACCACGUCUAGCUAAUUCAUCUGCCACAUCGUUACCCUCGAUUUCUUGGUGAACAGGUACACAGAAUAUCAUUACUUUAUUUCGAGUUGCCAGUUGUUGUAAAGAUGUGCUACACUCCCAAACUAGCUUGGAUUCACAUUUCGACGACCUUAAUGCUGCCUUGCUGUCCGAAAGAUUACGAUUUUUGCAUGCCUUGCAGUUUCGUUUCCUACAGACGUCCGAGCAAUUCUUGGUCCGUAGACUCCCGAACCAGUCAGCUCACCCAUGUUAGAACCAUCCGUAUAGAAUGAUAUUGUACCUUGAGGCAGUAUGGGACCCCCUACAUCCUAUAUCUGACGAUCCUGUCGAAGUUCGGUUUAGCCUCCAUUGUAUCAUGAAUUGUAGUCAAGACAGGGUUUAGUUUGAGUUCCUUUAUUAUUUUCAGGUGACUAUUUAAAUCCCCAUCAAAUAGUGGUUUACCCUUUAGUACUAUCAGAGAGCCAAGUAUCGCCUCCCUCAUAACAUGUUUGUGCAAUGAAGGUAGAUGGCUUCCAUAGCUGUAGUGUUGAUUUCAUAGCGCCUGUGAUAGAGAGGCAGGCUAGACUCUGAACUUUAGUUAGUUUAUCUUGGGCGGUCUUUUGCUUAACUUUGGGCUACCAUACAAUGGAAGAAUAAGCUAGUCGUGGUCUGGCGAUGGCCGUGUAGGACCAGUAAGCCAACUGUUGCAUACAUUGACAUCAUAUGACGAAAGGUACUCAAGAAGGUACUCACCUCUAUUAUUUAUAUCCUUGCAAGCUCCUGUUGUUUGAUGAGCAUUGGCUUCUCAUCCUAUGAUGAAGAGAGCUUGCUUAUGCUUCUGCAGAUUCUUAAGAGGGCAUCGAUUUCGGAGGAUGGUGCUGUAUCCGUAUCAUCAGGGAUCACCAUCUCCUGCUUGCACUUAACUGUCGAGCUUUGAAGCCAAUUCUUCGGUUGCUUCAUGUUGCGGACGGUUCGUCACUGUCUGACGCACCAAUGUCCUUCUUCGGCUCAGUAUUUGGAAGCUCUCUUGCAAUAUUUUUCCUAGGUACAGUUCCAGAUCCUUACCUCGCGUAGCAGUUCGCGAGCCGCGUGUGAUACGUGUGGUGUUGUGUCCGCAUUUGGCCACCCACGGGUGCCUUGCCAAACCAUACUUGCUUUCCCAAAAAGUUAGUUCAGCCGGUUAUGCUGGAAGUUUAUCAGUUUUACUGUAGCAUCAUCUACUGCCAGCAGGCGCUACAGUUUUGAGGACUGUGCUUCUUUUCACGACACCCUCGCGUGUCCUGUGCAGAAAUUGUUAUUCUGUAUCUUUAUAAUAGCGGAGAAUGUUUCCAUCUGACCUGUCGAUACUGUCGGAAACAUACCCAAAUCAAUGCGCCUGUUUCAGAGUUCGAGUAGUUUCAACGGACUGCAACUCAAACCUUGGUGUACUAUGGCAACUUCACUGUAGUCUGUACAGUGAGGAUGUACGUAAUGAUGGCUAUUGAGCUUGGCUUGGCCAUUUCGUUGUAGGUUUGCCGCUGUUAAUCAUACCUCUUGAUAUUGAGGCUUAUUACUGCAGUCACUAUUGUUCGGCUGGUGUCUUUCCUAUGGGGGUUUUGGUUAGCCCCAGUGCGUCGGUGGGAUUGUGGCCAUUUCACAGUAGUCACCUGUAGCGUUUCUUCGCAGCUCCGCUUAAUUGUCGAAUUCCAUGUUUCUUGGGCUGGUCCGUUUGGUGUUUUCCUCGUUGCUUUACUAUUCUAUCAGUUGCGGUUGCACGAAUGUGUUAAAUUUCCGUGACCCGUGAUCGAAUGGACCAUUCAAUUUCUAGCAAAUUCAGACACAUCUUUGUUUUUAAAACAAGACGAUACAAAAAUAGGUGAAUUAUUUGCUUCCGUGUCGUACGACAUUCGAUUUCCGGCCGCAUUAAAUAUGCCAUAGUACUCGAUAUCCCUUUUACAACUGGUUUGUGACCUAGAAAAGAAAAAAAAACAUCUUAUGAUAGUGACAAUAGAUAUUUACAUUAUUUCUAUGAACAAGGCCGAAAUGUUAAUGAUGUGGUCUGUGCAAAAAUUGAACCAUUUAUUUGAGUAAAGAUUGAACCAUCAAACGUAAUUUAUAGUACACAUAAUUAAAAAAAUUGAAUACCUCAUAACCUAUUCUUCACCUAUCAUAUUUAGCGUUCUUGCUUACGUUCAUUAAUUUUCUCGAGAAUGGCCAAACAAUUGUUUCGUUGCAGUUUAUAAUUGGAGCACAUAUACAGGGUGUUUGGUUCAUGGUUAAGAAUCUCUCGGGGGGUGAUAAACUGCCAUAUUUGGAGCAAAAAAUUGUUCUACACAUACCAUCAAAUCUUAACCGUUACAGAGUUAUUGAACUUUUUGUGUAAAAAACUUAUUUGUCUUAAAAUACCUCUAAUUUUCUAAGUAUACUUUGUAUUUUAAAUAUUUCAGUUCCAUUCGAAAGGUGAGAAAAUUUCCUAUUGACUGGUGUUCUCAUAUCUUUUAAGUAAUUAGUUUUAAUUACCUUUUAGCUAUAAAGUAGUUAAAAGUUAGUGUUUUUGAGGAGGUUUUUGCUAAUUUUCUCGAAAUAAUGAAGUAUGAUUAUAGCAAUAUCCAUUAUCCAUUAUUUCUAUCUCUUCUCAUUUCUUUGUAAUUUCAUUACUAUACUUUUCCUGUAACCGACUUGCAAGUGCUUAAAAGACUCUUAUCUAAAAAAUAUGCUUUAUAUCGUUAUUUACAAGAUUUCAUUGGAAAGCUGAGAAAAUAUCCUAUCAGUGUAUGUACAAAUAUCUUUUAGUUAAGUGUACUAAAUGAUUUUUUACUAACGAAAUAACUCAAAAUUUGUGUUUUUUGGAGAGUUUUUUAAUUAUUCUAAUUAUUAAUCAACAAAAUUUAUCGUUACUAUUGUUCAUUUGAUGCCCCUUAAUGUUCUCUAUAACUUUUUAUUUGACACUUUGUCUAUAUCUCUUUUCAUUUUGCUGCUAUUUAAUAGUUAACACAGCAUGAGCUCACCACAAAUGUAGUGGGUUCGAAAUCGUUAUUUUUCCAUAUGAAACGAUGUGAUAAAAACGAUUUUGCGUCGAAACCAAAAGAGAUAAUUGAAUGGAGUCAAAGAAAGAACUGUAGAACUUGUUGAGAUGCAUUAUUUCCAUGAUAAUAAUGGUGAUGUUUAUUAUUUACUAUUUUAAGAAAAUAAACGAAAAUGCUAAUAAUAGCACUAACUUUAAACUAAUUUACUUUUAAAAGAAUACUAAAUUCACUUAACUGAAAGGUAUUAAUACAUUUUUCACUGUAAAAUUUUCCUGGCUUUCGAACAAAAAGAAAAAAAGUACAAUAAGUGCCAUAAUUUUUCAAUUAGAGCUGGUACUAGUGAAAAUGAGAUAAAAAUAUCCAAGUUGAAUAACCCAAAAUCAUGAAAAUAAGAAAAGGUAAGUGUAUCAUGUCAAAGAACGAAUUAAGCAGCUCAUCAAGACUAACAAUCUGAAUUAUUAAAAAGAUGAGGUUAACUAUGAGGAUUUUCAAGAAAUGAACGAAAAAUCGUUCAAAAUUGUUUAAUUUUCAAUAAAUUACUUUGAAAAGGCUACUUAAACCCAUUAGCUGAAACAUAUGAGGGCAUCACUCAAUGCGAAAUUUUCUCACCUUUCGAAUGAAACUAAAACAUUUAAAAUACACAGUAUACUUUUAAAGUUAGAGGUAUGUCAAGACAAAUAUUUUUUUUUUACACAAAAAGUUCAAUAACGGUUGAGAUUUGAUGGUAUGUGUAGAACAAUUUUUUUCUCCAAAUAUGGCAGUCUAUCACCCCCCGAGAGAUUCUUAACCAUGAACCAAACACCCUGUAUAUGCCGAUUACUAUUACCUUCGAUUUAGCUCUAGAACGAACCUCGAAUAGAUAUACUAAUUGUCAAAAAUAAAAUUAUAUCUUAGAACGGCAUGCUUCGAUCGGAUCUAUCAAAACACGUUGCCUUUUUAUUCAUUUUUCAAGACUUUUCGACUCAACUCCGACCUCGUUGAAUACGUUACUUUUGAGUUAUUUGAGGUGAACUCAAACAUGGUAAAUUUCACUUAAAUUUACCCUACUAAACGAUUCCCCAAAAUUGGGUCAAAAGAACUCAUUUUAAGAGGUUUUAGUAUGCGCGUAAAAAAUAGACUUUAAGCUGAGAUUAUGUUCAAAUUGGGUCAUUACCUAUUUUUUUUGGGCUUUUGGCAUUAUAAAACAAAAAUGAGAGAAUAUGUAAUUGACUUUCAUCAUUCAAUCAUAACUUGUAGGGAUUACCGCGAAAUUUGACAUUUUUUCAGCAUCCAAUAAAAAGACCUGCCUACUAAGAUUGAUCUUUUUUCUGAUUUGUCGCCACUACAACAACACCGUUCAACGAAAACGUGAAGCAAUUGUUUUUAAAAAUUCAGCACGUGUCUUUACACAAACGUUAUCACCUUCUUCAAACUCCUUCCACGAUUCCCACUUGCACGACCUUUGCUCGGAAACCAGAUGCAGCUGGAAAAGAAAACGGUGAAAAUAACCGUGAAAUUAAACCACACACCGACCGAAAAACGCGCACGCCUUUAGCUCGUCGCUCAAUCGUAUACAGAAAAAAACAGCAGUGAGAAUAACGAAAAAACAAACAAACAACAGUCAUAGAUUCCACCCAUAUAGAAACAGAUAAACCUGAAAACAGAAGGCAAACCUCGAACCGGACAGAAAUAGUUUACGAUUUACAAACUAACGCAUCUUUAUGUCCCAACUUGCGGGCACCGAAAAGAAAACUAAACACAAAAAAAACUAAUCAUUUUAAUUUUCCAUCACCAUCCCACAACAAAACGGGCGGAUCACCGCCCGAAACAGGAUGCAGCCACUUCCAGUUGAGACAAAAACAAACAGUUAGAGCACGCACAUCAAUCACAGUAACCCACAACAAAUGGGACAGGAAAAAACCCAGCUUGCUAUAUGCCGGGUUUUCAACUCACUAGUUUUCCAACUAAUUGCUGCCUUGCAACAGAAAAAAAGCUUACAAACAAAGAGACAAUUUAAACGCAAAAUUUUUGCUGAACAAUUCCUAAACUACACUUUUUAAACAGACCUCUACAAAGAAAAAAAAGCCUGACCAUCACCUUCGUCAUCAGCAUCGGAUUGGUUGAGGUUAAAACUUUUCGUUUUUUAGUUUGAACAAAAACAAAAAUAACAAAACAUUGGGUAAUGAAGCAAUUUAUAGUUGUUUAUUGGAAGAAUCCAGAACCCCCUAGUGCUUUGAUUCACGAUUAGGUGAUACCGAGAUAAACGAGAAUCAUGAGCAAGUCAACUGCGUUGGAUGUACUUUGUAUGGCAAACCAAUAAAGCAAAUCAAAAAAAAAAAAAACAGAUAAGUAAAUCGUAAAAUAAACAAAACAAUACAAGUUAU